AUGGAGGACUACGAGGAGGAAUAUGGCGAGGAUGUCUACUGCGAGCAGGAAGAAGGAAUUACAUCUGAAGAUUGCUGGACGGUGAUUUCGUCUUUCUUCGAGUCGAAAGGUUUAGUGUCGCAACAGCUCGAUUCUUUCGAUGAGUUCAUCUCCACAACGAUGCAGGAGCUGGUGGAGGAACAGGGUCAGGUUACACUCGAUCAGACACUAGCUCCUUCCGAGGAUGAAGUGGAUCCCGUUGUUUUGCGUCGUUAUGAGCUGAAAUUCGGUACGGUGAUGCUUGCACGGCCAUCGAUGACGGAGGGCGAUGGCGCCACUAGUAUUAUGUUGCCCCAGGAAGCACGGCUUAGAAACCUCACAUAUGCUAGCCCCCUCUAUCUUGGUAUUACGAAACGAGUAACUGAAGGCCGGGAACGACUUAUUUCUGAACGUGACGAUGCUGAUCAGGAUGAACAAGAUAACGAUGAGGAUAGACGGAAUAGAGGAACGUAUCUGCACUGGGAGCCCAAAGCUUUGAAUGAGGAUGAGCCGGAGGAAGAAAACGUUUUUAUUGGGAGAAUGCCAAUCAUGCUGAAGUCAAAAUAUUGUAUCCUCAAGGACCUCAAUGAGCAGGCGUUGUACAACUGGAACGAGUGUCCCUACGAUUCCGGUGGAUACUUCAUUAUCAACGGAAGUGAAAAGGUGCUAAUCGCCCAAGAACGCAGUGCUGGAAACAUUGUUCAAGUGUUUAAGAAAGCUCCUCCAAGCCCCACACCAUACGUUGCGGAAAUCCGAAGUGCCGUUGAGAAAGGAUCUAGAAUAUUGUCUCAACUGUCGAUUAAGCUUUUCGCUAAAGGAGACACCUCCAAGGGCGGUUUUGGCCCAACGAUUCGAUCAACGCUGCCCUAUAUUAAAACAGACAUUCCCAUCGUCGUCGUUUUCCGGGCUUUGGGUGUUGUGUCUGACGAGGAUAUUCUCAACCAUAUUUGCUAUGAUAGGAAUGAUACUCCAAUGUUGGAAAUGCUUAAGCCGUGUAUUGAGGAAGGCUUCGUCAUUCAAGAUCGCGAAGUGGCCCUUGACUUCAUCAGUAAACGAGGCUCUUCACCUACGAGCAUGAACCACGAGAAGCGAGUUAGAUAUGCCAGGGAUAUCAUCCAGAAGGAAUUCCUUCCCCACAUUUCGCAAAGUGAAGGAAGUGAGACGCGGAAAGCAUUCUUCUUGGGAUAUAUGGUGCAUCGGCUUCUUCAAUGUGCUCUUGGCCGUCGCGAUGUCGAUGAUCGUGACCAUUUUGGGAAAAAGAGACUGGACCUGGCUGGUCCACUGCUCGCUAACCUUUUCAGAAUCCUUUUCAUGAGGGUUACGAAAGAUCUUUACAAGUAUGUCCAGAGAUGUGUGGAAACUAACCGUCAGCUCUAUUUAAAUAUCGGUGUAAAGGCGAGCACCCUGUCUGGCGGUCUCAAGUAUGCUCUUGCCACUGGAAAUUGGGGUGAACAGAAGAAGGCAGCCAGCUCCAAAGCCGGUGUUUCGCAAGUGCUUAAUCGCUAUACAUACGCGUCUACACUUUCACAUCUUCGCCGUACUAACACACCUAUCGGUCGUGACGGCAAGAUUGCUAAACCCCGACAACUUCAUAAUACUCACUGGGGUCUUGUAUGUCCAGCUGAAACACCAGAGGGACAAGCUUGCGGUCUCGUGAAGAAUCUGGCCUUGAUGUGUUAUAUUACUGUCGGUACGCCAAGCGAACCAAUUAUCGAUUUCAUGAUCCAACGGAAUAUGGAAGUCUUGGAAGAAUUUGAGCCCCAAGUGUCGCCAAACGCCACAAAAGUCUUCGUCAAUGGUGUCUGGGUGGGAGUUCACAGAGAUCCUUCUCACUUAGUGAGCACCGUUCAGUCACUGAGACGACGUAACAUGAUUUCCCACGAAGUCAGUUUGGUGCGAGACAUUCGAGACCGAGAAUUCAAAAUUUUCACAGAUGCUGGACGCGUGUGUCGACCUCUGUUUGUCGUAGAGAAUGAUCCUAAGAGCGAAAACUGUGGCUCGCUGGUACUAUCUAAGGAACACAUUCACAAACUGGAAGCUGAUAAAGAAAUUCCAGCAGAUUUGGAUCCCGAAGAACGCAGGGAACGGUACUUUGGAUGGGAUGGCCUUGUUAAAUCUGGUGUUGUUGAAUAUGUAGAUGCCGAGGAGGAAGAGACUAUUAUGAUUGUUAUGACACCCGAGGAUCUGGAGAUGUCGAAACAAGUUCAAGCUGGAUAUAACCUUCCGGAAGAAGAUCAUACCGAUAGGAAUCGGCGUGUCCGAUCAAAUCUUAGCCAGAAGGCGCAUACCUGGACUCAUUGCGAAAUCCACCCCAGUAUGAUUCUAGGUAUCUGCGCAAGCAUCAUUCCGUUCCCUGACCACAACCAGUCUCCUCGUAACACAUACCAGUCGGCUAUGGGUAAACAAGCGAUGGGUGUCUUUCUAACGAAUUUCGAUCAACGCAUGGAAACGAUGGCAAACAUCUUGUACUAUCCACAGAAGCCCCUUGCUACAACACGGUCCAUGGAGUUCCUCAAAUUCCGCGAGCUUCCUGCUGGGCAGAAUGCUAUAGUGGCAAUUGCUUGCUACUCCGGAUACAACCAGGAAGAUUCCGUCAUCAUGAACCAGAGCAGUAUUGAUCGUGGUCUUUUCCGAAGUCUUUUCUACCGAACUUACACCGACUCUGAGAAAAUGGUUGGUAUGACUGUUGUUGAAAGAUUUGAGAAGCCGAUGAGAUCCGACACUCUUCGGAUGAAACACGGUACUUAUGAUAAAGUCGAUGAUGAUGGCAUUGUUGCUCCCGGUGUUCGUGUUUCCGGCGAGGAUAUCAUCAUUGGUAAAACAGCUCCUCUUGCACCGGAUGCAGAAGAACUGGGACAGAGAACUAAACAACAUACCAAAGUUGACGUCUCUACUCCUCUGCGUAGUACCGAGAGCGGUAUUGUUGACCAGGUCUUGAUUUCUACGAGCAACGAUGAUCUCAAAUUCGUUAAAGUUCGGACGCGAACGACAAAGAUUCCUCAAAUCGGGGACAAGUUUGCGUCCCGUCACGGUCAAAAGGGCACCAUUGGCAUUACAUACAGACAGGAAGAUAUGCCCUUCACGCGUGAAGGAAUCACACCAGAUAUAAUCAUUAAUCCUCACGCCAUUCCAUCUCGAAUGACAAUUGCCCAUUUGAUCGAGUGUCAACUCAGUAAAGUUUCGUCACUACGUGGCUUUGAAGGCGAUGCAACUCCCUUCACCGACGUGACAGUAGACUCCAUCUCCGGUUUGCUCCGUGAACAUGGAUACCAGUCCCGCGGCUUCGAGGUUAUGUACAAUGGCCACACAGGCCGAAAGCUAGUUGCGCAAAUUUUCCUCGGCCCAACUUAUUACCAACGGCUGCGACAUAUGGUGGACGACAAGAUCCAUGCUCGCGCACGUGGUCCAACCCAGAUUCUUACCCGCCAGCCUGUGGAAGGUCGUGCUCGAGAUGGGGGCCUUCGAUUUGGAGAGAUGGAACGCGAUUGCAUGAUUGCUCAUGGCGCCAGUGCGUUCCUGAAAGAACGAUUGUUUGAUGUCUCUGAUCCUUUCCGUGUCCACAUAUGUGAUAUCUGUGGGUUGAUGACACCCAUUGCGAAACUCAAGAAGGGAGACUUUGAAUGCCGGGCAUGUAAAAAUAAGAACAAAAUUUCCCAAGUUCACAUUCCAUAUGCUGCCAAGCUUUUGUUCCAAGAGCUGAUGUCGAUGAAUAUCGCUGCACGGAUGUUUACGAAGAGGUCCGGAGUGUCAUUGCGUUAG